CUGGGGCUCACUGGCUGUCAGGGAGUGUGUGUGCAAGGGAGUGCCGUGCCAUUAGUCUGCCAUUAGAACCAAUAUGACUGCUGUGCACCGUCUGGUCAUUGUGCGCCAUGGUGAGAGCUCCUGGAACCAGGAGAACCGUUUCUGCGGCUGGUUUGACGCUGACCUCAGCGAGAAGGGAGUGGAGGAGGCACGGCGCGGGGCUGAGGCAAUCCGUAACGCCGGCAUGAAGUUUGACAUCGCUUUUACUUCUGUGCUGAAGCGUGCCAUCAAGACGCUAUGGACCAUCCUGGAGGGCACGGACCAGAUGUGGCUACCUGUGGUGCGCAGCUGGAGGCUCAAUGAGCGCCACUAUGGUGGCCUCACAGGCCUCAACAAGGCCGAGACAGCUGCCAAGCAUGGCGAAGAGCAGGUCAAAAUAUGGAGGCGCUCCUUUGACAUCCCGCCACCCCCCAUGGACAAGGACCACGCAUACUACAAGGUCAUCAGUGAGUCGAGACGCUAUAAGGGCCUGAAGUCUGGAGAGCUUCCCACCUGCGAAAGCCUAAAGGACACUAUUGCCCGUGCCCUGCCCUUCUGGAAUGACCAUAUCGUCCCUGAGAUCAAGGCAGGCAAGAACGUCAUCAUUGCUGCCCAUGGCAACAGUCUCCGCGGCAUUGUCAAGCACUUGGAAAACAUGUCAGAUGCUGCCAUCAUGGAACUGAACCUGCCCACAGGAAUCCCUAUUGUCUAUGAGCUUGACAAGGACCUGAAGCCUGUGAAGCCCAUGCAGUUCCUGGGGGAUGAGGAGACUGUGCGUAAGGCCAUGGAAGCCGUGGCAGCCCAGGGCAAGGUCAAGAAGUGAGGCGUGAACUAGAGACUGUGUUCCCUUCCUCAUUUCCUGUCAUUAGCUCACUGUACUGAUACACUCCAAGAGAAUCAGCCCAACAGAACACCCCCAAAGACAGCAACAUUACACUAAGUGCCACAGUCCCUCUGAAAAAAAUAAAGUGACACUUUUC